CUGUAGCUCUCUGAUAUCGGUGUUGAAUCAGUUUCUGAUUAUGGGCUGGAUGAUGAAAAUCAUUUUGAAGAAAUAGUUGAAGAAAUUGUAGAAAAAGAAGAAGAAGAAAAAGGACCACCUGUGGGUGCUAAUAUGUAUCAGAUCUUCAGUACACCAACUUGUGCUAAGAGUCAGCAAGUGUUGCCAGAAUUAUGUUCUCCACUUGGAUCCAGCACUCCAAUGGACAGUGUACCUCUCCUUCGCAGACCAGGACAAAUUAAUAAAAAUAUCAGAAGAAAGAAAGAAUUAGACAAACACUUUAAAGACCAGUUUAUCAUUGAUGCUGGCCAGAAACAUUUUGGACCAGUAAGCUGUAAGACAUGUGGCAUGGUUUAUGCAGCUGCCAGUCCUGAAGAUGAAACGCAGCAUGCCCAGUACCACCAAAGGCUGUUAGAAGGCAUUAAAUUUGUUGGAUGGAAGAAAGAACGCACAAUGGCAGAGUACUGGGACGGGAAGAUUAUUGUUGUAUUUCCAGAUGAUCCAAAAUAUGCUGUAAAAAAGGCUGAAGAUGUACGAGAGCUUGUGGAUAGUGAACUUGGAUUCAAGCAAGCAAAUCUGAGCCGCCCAAGCAAAAUCAAAACCUAUCUUUUUGUUUCUAAUGAUAGAAAGAUUGUUGGAUGUGUAAUUGCAGAGCACAUCACACAGGCAUUCAGAGUCUUGUCUGAGGAUGUUCAUCGUACAGAUUUUGAAAAGCUUAAAACUGUGGAAAACCAGCGUGCAUGGCGUUGCUCUACAGAACCAGAGCGAGCCAUCUGUGGUGUGAGUAGGAUCUGGGUUUUCAAACUACAGAGGAGGAGAGGCAUAGCUAGUCGCAUGGUAGAUACAGUCAGGAACACUUUUAUGUAUGGAUCCUUCUUGAGUAAAACAGAAAUUGCAUUUUCUGAUCCAACACCGGAUGGCAAGCUAUUCGCUACUAAAUAUUGUGGAACGCCUAAUUUCCUUGUUUAUAAUUUCAUAAGUUAAUUUAAAAGCUCUAUUUGUAUAGCUUGGGAAACUUUUUUUUUUUUUUUAAUGCUUGUGUAUUAUGUUGGCCGUCCUCAACAAUGGAUGUAUUUUUCAUUAGACUUAUUUUUAGCAGAUGCUCAUUUGUACAUUGCUGUGUCAUCACUGCAAAACUGCGGUGAAUCAGUUUUGUGAUCACUAACUAGUUUUCUGAAAUAUCAGUGUGAAUUUUCCUGUAGGAAAUGUAAAUAGACUAAUGGAUGAUGGUAAAGAAACACUUUUCUGACAGAGGAGUUACCGUUAGAAGAAAGAAUACUUUUAGGAGGGUGUUUAUUCAUUAUAUAUUUGCCUAUUUUGAGCUUCUUGUACUUUGAGUAAACUAUUUGACUGCUUACUGUAUAGAAUCCUUAAAACUGCCUUGUUCAUUGCUUUUUGUAUAUUGCUAAGGUCAACAACGUGUAUGUCCUAUUUCUUCCUGUUUCAGCUUGUCUCAUAGCAUUUUUCUUAAAUUAUUUUAUUUUGUUACAUUUCUGUUUCUGUAUAGUUCUAUUUAUGUUGUCUUUGUGUUGUACUGUUUUCAUAUUAAAACUGACAUUAAAACAUUCAAGAAACAAGGUGACCAGCAUAGUUAACAAUGUGAGCACAAUAUAUAUACACAGCGACAAUUAAAAUUGAGUGAAAUUUUACUUUAUGUAAGACAUUCGAUUUAUAACAGAGAUGUUCUGUACAAAGGAGUGUUAAUUUAAGUGUUUUCACACAUUUAGUACUCUUGAGUAAAUGAAGUUUAAAGGACAUUUACAGUUUAACAAAACCCAGUGUGUUGUGGCAUUUUUGUAUAUUUGUUAAUGGAUGUUAUUUAUGUUCCACUGUUUCCCCUAUCUAGAGUAUGACUAAUUUUAGUCAACUUUUUGUUGUAAUGUAGUAACUUGGCUCUUAAAGCAGUGUUUUUAUUAUUAUGUUGGAAAGAGUUAUGUUUUCUUAUUGUGCGCAAAAAGGAUAAUGGAAGUUUGUUAGAAAUGACACAGUACAUUGUGUUGCAUAGCACUGAGUUCAGUUUAUGCUUUAUGCAUACUGUACUGUUUGAAUGUUUUAUUUUAUGUAAAGCUAAAUAAAGAGUUCUGAAUUCCUGA